AUGAAUCCCAUGGAACAAUCAAUCGCCGAGACGAGGCACCAACAGAAACAGCAGCAGCGACAGCCGGAACCAGAAAUGCGCUUGUCUCCUCCAUCAUCGGUAGUGGAUGGUGAAGAAAAGGGAGAAGCUCGUGGAAAAAUAUCAUUUCGCACGCAGGUGGUGAUCUCGGGGAUUGCGGGCCGCUUCCCAGAAUGCGACGAUGUGCAGGCACUGCGGGAAGCGCUGCUGCGCGGCGAAGACCUCCUCACGGCCGACGACCGCCGCUGGAGCAUCGACCACCCCGAGAUUCCGCCGCGCAGCGGGAAGAUCAACGGGCUGGAGAAGUUCGACGCCAGUUUCUUCAGCGUCCACUUCAAGCAGGCGCACACCAUGGAUCCGCAAUGUCGCCUGCUGCUGGAACGUGCUUACGAGGCCAUCGUCGACGCUGGAGUGAACCCAAGAUCCCUGCGAGGAAAGAAAAUGGGCGUGUAUGUGGGCGUGUGCUUCUCCGAGUCGGAGAAGACGUGGUUCUACGAGAAGCUCCAGCUCUCGGGAUUUGGAAUAACCGGCUGCUGCCGUGCUAUGCUUGCCAAUCGCAUCUCCUAUUGGUUGGGUGUCAAAGGUGAGUUUCAGAAAUUCCGUCUCAGGUGCUUGCAAAGACGCUGUUUGAGGCGAGUAUCCCGUGGUCACUCUGCUCUGACUUGAAGUCCUCCGAUUUUGAAGAAUAUUUUUCCCAAUAUUAUA